AUGCAUCGCGCCAUGCGGAUGCGCUGCCUCCUGCGCCCUCCGCCGUCUUGCAGUGCCGUGCCCCUCGCCACCCCCGCGACCGUCGGCGGUGGCGCCGGGAGAUUUGGCGCGCCGGACGGGUCACGGAGGCUGGGCGCGCCGCGCCUGCCGUUCAGCGAGAGGGGGCGCCUCUGCCGGUUCUACAGCUCGAAGGAGGGUGUCGGGAGCGCGGAGACGGCUGCGGGGAGUGGCGGCGGCGGCAGCAGCAGCAGCAACCAGCAGGAGCACGCGCGGCUCGGGGAGAAGGACCAACAGGAGUGGCUGAGCGGCGAGCGGUUCGUCACCGGCUGCAAGAGGCGCGAGUCGCCGUUCCUCACCAAACGGGAGCGCUUCCGCAACGAGUUUCUGCGCCGGGCCGUGCCUUGGGAGAAGAGCAGCCUCACGUGGAGCAACUUCCCGUACUACGUCGAUAAGAAUGCGAAGCAGCUGCUGACCGAGUGUGUGGCAUCACACCUGCGGAACAAGGAUGCUACUUUGGAGUACGGUUCUCGGCUGCAGUCAUCCGGUGGGAGGAUAUUGCUCCAGAGCUUGCGAGGAACUGAGCUUUACCGGGAGAGAUUGGUAAGAGCAAUUGCCCAUGAGUUACGAGUGCCAUUGUUGGUUCUGGACAGCAGUGUUCUAGCUCCAUAUGACAAUGGUGAAGAUUGUUCAGAGAGUGAGGAAGAGAAUGGUCAGGCGGAGUCAGAAGAUGAAGGCUCAGAAUCAGAAGGGGAAGAUGAAGAUUAUAAUGAAGCUAAGUCUGGUGAAAGUGACGACGACGAAUCUGUCAAAUCAAUGGAGGCCCUCAAGAAGUUAGCUCCGCGCACUCUUGAGGAAUUGGCCAAGAGAGUUGUUAGUGUGCAAGAAAAUUCUUCAGCAGCAGAAGAAUCCACCGCUGAGUCGUCUGAAGAAGGGAAGAGGCCUCUCCAAAAAGGUGACAGGGUGAAGUAUGUUGGAGAGUCAGUGCUUGUUGAAGCAGAUCACAGGGUCAUUUUGGGGAAAAUACCAACUCAAGAGGGAGCAGCAGAAGCUUUUACCUUUAUUAGCGGCAGAACUUUAUCAAAUGGACAGCGUGGAGAGAUAUACGAGAUCAAUGGUGAUCAAGUGGCUGUUUUAUUUGACCCUCCUGAGGAGAAGCUGGAUGAUGGUAAAAAUGAUGAAGCUAACAAAGCGCAAGAUGCUAAACCAUCAGUUUGCUGGGUUGACAUUCAGGAUAUUGUGCAUGACAAUGAUACUGAGGCGGAAGAUUGGCAUAUCGCGAUGAAAGCAUUUUGUGAGGCACUGCCAUCUCUUCAACCAGCCAUUGUUUACUUUCCGGACAGUUCACAGUGGCUUUCUAGGGCAGUUCCAAGAUCAAAUCGCAGAGAGUUUAUCGAAAAGGUAGAGGAAAUGUUUGACCAGCUUAAUGGACCUUUAGUGUUGAUAUGUGGGCAGAACAUACUCGAGGCAGCACCCAAGGAUAAAGAUCCAAAGGAACUGGUGUUUCACAAUCUCUCUCGCCUGUCUCCACUGACAUCCUUGAAGAGGCUGGUAGGGGGACUACAAGGGCGGAAGCCUUCAAAGUCCAAUGGCAUAGCGAAACUCUUCGGAAAUAAAUUCUAUAUUCCUUUUCCAAAGGAUGAUGAGCAACUGAGAGAGUUCAAUAACCAGAUUGCGGAGGACAAAAAAAUAAUCGUUUCAAGGCAUAACCUUGUAGAAUUGCACAAGGUGCUUGAAGAUCAUGGGCUAUCAUGUGAAAAUCUGUCGCAUGUGAAGUUAGAGGGCAUUAUUCUGACGAAGCAAAGAGCGGAGAAGGUCAUUGGAUGGGCUAGAAGUCACUAUUUGUCGUCAGCGAUUAGUCCUUCCAUAAAGGGUGACAAGCUAGUCAUUCCCUGUGAGAGUCUGGACCUAGCAAUCGAGAGGCUAAGGGAGCUGGAGGCUUCAACUAAGUCACUUUCUGAAAACAUGAAGAUGUUGGCAAAAGAUGAAUUUGAGCGCAAUUUCAUAUCAGCAGUUGUACCUCCCCAUGAAAUUGGAGUUAAAUUUGAAGAUAUUGGCGCUCUUGAGGAUGUCAAGAAGACACUGGAUGAACUUGUUACUCUUCCAAUGAGGAGACCGGAGCUUUUCUCGCGUGGGAACUUGCUAAGGCCUUGCAAAGGAAUAUUGCUUUUUGGGCCUCCUGGAACUGGAAAAACUCUUUUGGCAAAGGCACUUGCGACAGAAGCUGGAGCAAAUUUUAUCAGCAUAACUGGUUCUAGUCUCAUGUCGAAGUGGUUUGGAGACGCUGAGAAGCUCACCAAAGCCCUUUUCUCGUUUGCAAGUCGGCUAGCUCCUGUUAUCAUAUUUGUGGAUGAGGUUGACAGCUUACUUGGUGCACGGGGUGGUGCAAUGGAGCAUGAAGCAACGAGAAGGAUGCGCAAUGAAUUUAUGGCAGCUUGGGAUGGUCUAAGGUCCAAAGAGAGUCAAAGGAUCCUUAUUCUUGGUGCAACAAACCGUCCAUUCGAUCUAGAUGAUGCUGUAAUACGUCGUUUGCCUAGGAGGAUAUACGUGGACCUUCCGGAUGCGCAGAAUAGGAUGAAAAUUCUCAAGAUAUUACUUGCCAAAGAAAACCUAGAAUCUGAAUUUGGAUUUGACGAACUAGCCAAUGCAACAGAAGGUUACUCUGGGAGUGACUUGAAGAACCUAUGCGUAGCUGCAGCAUACAGGCCAGUUCAUGAACUGCUAGAAGAAGAAAAGAAGGGGGCUGCGGGCAGUGCGAAAACUUCUUUAAGGUCCUUAAAGUUGGAUGACUUUGUCCAAGCGAAAGCCAAGGUGAGCCCAUCCAUUGCUUUUGAUGCCACGAGCAUGAACGAGCUGAGAAAAUGGAACGAACAGUACGGCGAAGGUGGCAGCAGGAGUAAAUCGCCAUUUGGGUUCGGCAGCUAA